UUCCAAAUGAAGUUUAUAAAUCUGAUAUUAUUGGCCACGUCAGUGACUGGCCAAUUUACCGAUGAUUUCUACAAACAGUUGGCCAAAGAUAAUGCCAACAAGAAUCUUAUUUCGUCGCCUCUUUCCGUCGAUAUUGCCUUGAGGAUGGUCUACAUGGGAGCUGGGGGAAAGACAGCCCAAGAAAUGAGGGACGUCUUGAAAUUGCCCGCGGAUACACAGAAAGUGGCUCGUAAAUACAAGAAAUUUCUGACAUAUCUCGAAGAACGCGAGAAGGUUGCUAUCCUCAAUAUAGCAAAUCGUAUUUACGUAAACGAUCGUUACUCUAUAGUUCCGGAGUUUAAUCAAGUGGUCAACGACUCCUUUAAGGCCGAAGCAGAGGCUAUCAGCGUAAAUGAUCCUGAUAAAGCCGCUUCGAUCAUCAAUAAGUGGGUGAACGAUCAGACGCGCAGCAGGAUCAAAACCAUAGUUACUAACAAGGAUACAAGUUCGAAUAUGACAAUGGUUCUCUUAAAUGCAAUAUACUUUAAAGGCCAGUGGAAGUACAAAUUCGACCCUGAGGAGACCAAAAAGGCUAAUUUUAAAACUGCUGAUAAAAAAACCGUUCCUGUCCAGAUGAUGAAGCUAAUUGGGUCAUUUAAGGUUGCACAUGUUAAGGCAUUGGAUGCCAAAGUGAUCGAGCUUCCUUACCGGAAUUCAAGCCUCUUCAUGGUCAUCUUUUUGCCAAAUAAAGUCGAUGGCUUGCAAAAAUUGGAAAAGAAAAUCGCAGGCUUCUCCACAAGGCUUCCAAUGUGGAAUGUGAACUUAAAGCUUCCAAAGUUUAAAAUCGAAUUUUCCUCGGAGCUAAAAGGUGUUCUUGGGACGAUGGGCAUAAAAGAUGCAUUUUCUGCUAAUGCGAAUUUUGAAGGUCUAGUAAAAACGGGCGAACCCAGGAUCAGCAAAGUCAUACACAAGGCCUUUAUUGAGGUUAACGAAGAGGGUGCCAAAAAGAGUACAGCAGCUGUAACAGGUACUCUUGGUUUGCUUAGUAUAUUGCACUCUUUACAACCUACAAUUAAAUCCGCAGGUUCAAUAGGGCCCAUUGUAUUAAGGUUAACCAACCUACACAUGGACUUCACUGCCGAUCAUCCGUUUGCCUACGUCAUUCGUGAUAAGGACACCAUUUACUUUCAGGGACACUUCGUAAGACCAUGAAAAUAAAGUACCAUUUUCACUGGCAUUUUGUGAACCAAUUGUCAAUAAAUAUGGAGAUUAAUCACA